GUGUACAGGAAAUACAAACAGUUUUCAAAACGCUUAGGGAACCGGUUUUUUAAUGGUUUCUGUUUUCUUGAAAUAGUCCUUUUUACAGUGAAGUUAUGCAAACCUGGAGUCUCAUCUCAAUUUGCGCUUUGCUUGGUGUUGUUGUGAGAUGGGGAGUGUCGUUAAAUUCAUAUUCAGGGGCGGGGAAACCGCCCAUGUUCGGCGACUAUGAAGCCCAGAGGCACUGGCAAGAAGUAACUUACAACCUCCCGCCUGAGGAAUGGUACUUCAACACCACUGACAAUGACCUGAACUAUUGGGGUCUUGACUACCCUCCUCUCACCGCGUACCACAGCUGGCUCUGUGCCUAUAUAGCCAAGUCUAUAGACCCUGAAUGGGUGGAGCUUCACAAAUCCAGGGGUUAUGAGAGUCCUGUGCACAAGGUAUUCAUGAGAGCUACAGUCCUGGUGGCAGAUCUGUUGAUAUACAUUCCUGCAGUAGUUUUGUACUGUUUAUAUCUUACUGAUGGGUCUUCUAGGAAAAAGGUUUCCACUUUACUCUGCAUUCUUCUCUACCCAGGGCUAAUUCUCAUCGACUAUGGCCAUUUCCAUCUGGGCUUUGCCCUGUGGGGGGUCAUUGCUCUUGGUUUUGGCUGGGAUGCGUUGGGCUCCAUAGCCUUCUCUCUGGCUCUCAACUACAAACAGAUGGAGCUGUACCAUGCUCUGCCCUUCUUCUGCUACUUGCUGGGAAAGUGCAUCAGAGUUGGCUUGGUUGGACGUGGGCUUCUCAAUCUCGGGAGAAUUGCUGCAGCAGUGUUGGUGACUUUUGCCCUCUGCUGGUUGCCCUUCCUGUCAGACUCCCGCCAGGCCAUGCAGGUGGUCAGGAGGAUCUUCCCCGUGGGUCGUGGCCUGUUUGAGGAUAAGGUGGCCAACACAUGGUGCAGUGUGAACACUAUGAUAAAGAUCAGAUCCAUUCUGUCAGCCAACUCUCAGCUCUACCUGAGUUUUGCAAUCACUCUCCUGGCAGUUCUACCGUCCUCUAUCAGACUGCUGACAAGGCCCACCCUAUGGCACUUUAAACUGGCAUUGGUCAAUUCAUCUCUGGCCUUUUUUCUCUUCUCCUUUCAAGUCCAUGAAAAGUCUAUCCUGCUUGCUGCUCUGCCUGUCUGCCUCGUCCUUAAUGACCUCCCAUUCGUAAGUGUUUGGUUUCUUCAGGCCUCUACAUUCAGCAUGCUGCCCCUGUUCCUGAAGGAUGGACUGCUGAUUCCCUAUAUUGUGACCUCAGUGGCCUUCGUAUUCUUUAGCAUCUACCUGCUGUCUGUACUGGAUCACUGUUCAGAGGAAGAACUCAGACUGGGCACCUACAAAAAACUGUUAUUUUUCCUCCCCAAAAUGGAUCUGGCUGGCAUUGUGAGAUGGAAGUUUUACAUCAGCAUUGCAGCCAUGGCGGGUUUGAGCAUCCUGAGUGCAGCUCUGGAUCCCCCUCCACAUCUACCGGACCUGUUUCCUGUUCUUGUGUCCACAACUGCUUUCCUGCACUUCUUUGGAACAUUUCUGUAUUUCCACAUUGUUCAGUUCAGCGAUCCGCCCAGAAAGAGCCAGAAGAAGAACAACUAAGCUAUGUUUCAGUCAAUUUAAUGAACACGUGGAUGUGGACCAAAAAACUGACGAGAACAAGUGCAUAUUAAAGGCAUAUUGUUGGUUGAAAAAUGACACUACUACCAAAUGCUGAUUCAAUGGAAACGUGACUUCAAAUGAAAGGAAAGAAGAAUUAUUUUUUUAGGAGAAUCGGACAGAUUUUGUAUAAUUGCAUGAAGCUUUCUGUUGGAAAGGGGAAGUUUGCGUCAUGAAAUAAUUUUUUAUUUUAUUUUAUUUUUUACAGUAACACUUGAGUUGAAUCACACUGCUUCUCGCUUAUAAAAGAAAAACUUCAUUCAGCCUAUCUGACCAAAAGGUACGGCUACAGGAAGCAGCCACAAUAAUAAUCAGUCUUGUUAUGAUGUUGAGUUAUUGUUGGAGUCAAAGAGGAGUUCAUGCAAUUUCACAGUAAUUCUCAAAGUUCUAUUUUGUAAUUGUUACUUUUUCUACUCUCUGGAGUUAAGCGGGAGUUGUGACAAACACACGUUGUUGAUCAUAUGAACUUUUCUUUGUUACUGUUUUUCUACUGUGUAUUUCCGAGCCUCAGUAAAGACAUUUUGUACAAACAUAGCUUUUGUGAAAAUAAAUCCUGUUCCUCAAUCUGAACAUCAAUUAUACA